AUGUCAGCUCAGCAGGUGUGCACCUCGAACUCCUCAAAUUUCUGGCUCAUCGGAACCUUCGUGGUGGCGACCUUCUUGGGAAAUUUGUGCGGUUCAGGUUCGGUCUUAUCAGGGGGUUUGGAGGGGGGGCUCAAGGCCUCAGACCGUCGAAAAGGUGCAAACCAUGACCUGGGCACCAGCUCCCGGGCCCCGCCCGCGGUGGGCGGACGUCGUGGAUUCUUCGCAGGAGCAGGAGGACCGCAUGGAAGUCUGGCAAACAUAACCCUGAACCCUCAACCGAAAGCAUUGGAGCAGGUUUGGAGGUAUCGUGCUGGAGUCCACGGGGCACAUGCGCCAGGUUUGGAUUCGUGGUUCAUUCCCCGCCUUCUGGCCUAG